AUGGAAAAAUUAACUACAAAAUUAAAAAAUAAAAAAGAUGAUUUUUUUUCACCAAGUGAUAUCGAAGCAUUACUUGUUCAUCUAGAAGAAAGUGGUGAAAUAAUUAAAUCAGAGUUUAAAGAAACGUGUACUAAAUUUUAUGACUUAUGCAUAAAUUAUAUAACAGAUUGGACUGCUUCAAACCAACAUAUACCAGAAUUAAAUUCAUUAACAUGGGUUUGUUUGUCAAACAAAGAUGAAAUAAAUUGGUCCAACAUAAAACCAUCUAUUUCUUUUCUAAAAUUAAAUUUUAAUAUUACUUUAAACGAGGAAGAACUGUAUGAACAAUUUAAAAUGUUUGAACAAUUUUUAAGAAAUAAAACCGAUGAAUGGCAAUGCAAAACAUCUGAAGAAAAAUGGCUGUCAAUUUUUAAAUCAUUUAAAGAGAAUAAUAUUGAUUAUUCUAUGUUAUUAAAAAUUGUAGAAUUUGCAUUUGCAUUGCCUGGAUCUAACGCUGCAGUGGAGAGAAUAUUUUGA